UCAGCUACUUAUAAUUCCCCUUAAGCUCCCCUUCCCAUAGAACUCUCACUAAUCCCAUAGUUAUCUUCACUCAAAUUUCAACAGCUCUCUCUCUUGUUUCUCUCUCCUCAGUUACUGGUGACUGAUGGCUGUGUCCCCUCGGUACUUCCAAAUAAACUUUAUGCUCAUCAUUACUUUCUUUCGUCUCAGGCCUUGAAAUUCUUGCUACUUUUUCCAGUGCCCAUAAAAUAAGAAACCGUUAAAAACCAGAAGUUACAGCUGUGGAGAAUGGUGGGAUGUGUUUGAUAGUUACAAAAUGACCUCUGUUUUGCUUAAAAAUGAAAAGCUUCCUUGUUCAUCUAAUGUUCUCGAUUCUCUAUUGAUUCCCUGUUCUUCCGCUUCUUUUCAUGUUUCAGGGUCUACAUCCAUUGUUAAUUUCGAAGAUGUUCACCGAGAAAACUUGACAGAUAAGCCAUUCUUUGACAAAGAAGAAAAUGGCAGUGAGGAUUACGAUGAGUGCUUUCGCAAACUGGAGAAGAAAAGGCGACUUUUGCCUGAUCAAGUGCAAUUUCUUGAAAAGAGUUUCGCAGUUGGAAACAAGCUUGAAACCGAGAGAAAGAUUCAGCUUGCUAAACAAACUGGUUUGCAGCCUAGACAAGUUGCAAUCUGGUAUCAAAAUAGGAGAGCCAGGUACAAAACCAAGCAGAUGGAGAAGGACUACAAUUCUUUGAAAGCUACCUAUGACAAACUUAAGGCUGAUCACGAUAGCCUCUUCAAAGAGAAUGAGAAAUUGGAAAAUGAGGUUCGUUUGCUUAAAGAGAAGUUGCUUCAAAGAGAGAAAGGAAAGCCAAAAUCAGAGCCAUGUGAUCCCACAAGUCCAUUGUGGGCAGGCUCAGAACAAAACAAGCCACUUCCCAGUUUUGCCUUACCAAAAGCAUCAAAUCUACCAAUGGUGAUUUGUAAACAAGAGGAUGCAACUUCUGCAAAAAGUGAUGUUUUUGAUUUAGAGAGCCCACGUUAUAAUGAUGGGAUUCGUUCCUCAUUCUUAGAGCCAUCUGAUUCUUUGCAUAUUUUCGACUCAGAUUUCUCUCAAGACAAAGAUGACAACCUGAGCAGGAGCCUUAUGCCCCCACCUUGCUUCGCCAAACGUGAAGAUGAAUGUUAGGAUGAUUUACAACUUAAUUCAAGCAAUUUGAGAUUUCCAGUUGGAGAUCAGGCCACUUGGUUAUGGCCUCUUAUUGAGUAGUGUACUUCUUGGUACGACAAGUUAGCUACGCGAUUUAGUGUUGUGUUCAAUGUAGUAAUCUAUUGUAAACAAGCUUAGAAUCGGUAAUGAAGGUUUUAUUUUUUAUCGAAGAUCUUGAUUUGCAUC